GAAGCUCGGGCCGCACUGCUACUGAGUGUCUGUGGGGAGGAGGCGCCGAGGUGGUCGGCGCUGUCCCAGGCGGGGCUGGACCUGAGCUGCAGCCGGAGCAGGAAAAGAAGGCGGCGGGUUUGCGCACGAGAGCCGUGCGCCCUUGGACUCUUAACGCGCGCGGGACGCACUUGGAACCCUGCGCCGGGUGCUCCCCGCCGCCGGCGACUGGCGGGGUCGAGAAGGGAAAAUGUUGGAGAAGGAGGGCGCUCGCGUGUCCGCCUUGCCGGAACCUGGGGCUGCAGCCCCGGGGCGGGGAGUAGGGCGGGGCUGGGAAAGUUGAGUUUUGGUCGCGGAGGGCUGGGCCCCGCGCGGGAGAGCCCGCCACCGGGGACCGUAAAAGGCUGCAGCGGGCUGGGUAGGUGUGGUUCUGCCUGCGUGACCCGAGCCCCCGUCUCGGUCGCCGUCGUCUCCCGCAGCUGCAGCCUCUCAGUCAUGGGCGCCGUCUGGUCCGCCCUGCUGGUCGGAGGGGGUCUGGCCGGAGCGCUUUUCGUUUGGCUGCUGCGGGACACGGGAAAGGAGGAGGAUGCGGAGCAGGGGAAGGACGCCUCUCCAGGGGAGGCUGCGGCUCCGGGAGACGAUCAGGGUGGUGGCGGCGAACUGAGCCCUGGACCUUCUGGGCGGGAGCUGGUCACCAAACCAGAGCAUCUUCAAGAAAGCAAUGGAUGUUUGGUUUCUACGACUAAAGGCCCUGGUGACCUGCAGGAAGCAGCAUGGAGACUGCAGAGUCCUUCUGGAGAAGGCAGUAACCAUGACAAUUCAAGAGCACAUGUUCCUUCUGGACAAUUUCCAGACACACAAUCUCUAGCUACCUCUGAGACUGGUAACUCUAGAAGUUACUCUGACAUUUCAAGAAACGAAAGCCUUGGAUCUCCUAUAGGAGAAUGGGGAUUCCAAAAAGGCCAAGAGAAAACUGCUAAAGCAGCUCCAUGUCUGGCAGAGAAGUUGCCUUCUAGCAACCUGCUCCUGGACAGAGCGCAAGAAGUGAGCCUUGCACAGUUGGACAGUCAGGCCCCGGCUGACCACGUGGACUGGGAGAUGGUGUCCCGGCACUCAUCUUGGGGCGAUGUUGGUUUGGGUGGCAGUCUUGAGUCUCCAGUGCUAAGCUCUAAGCAGGGAAAGGACUAUGACAGAAGCACUCUUGUGGAAGCAAGAGGUCAGGAAGUGGAUGUGAAACCAAAAAGAGUAGGAGCAGUGUCUUCAGAGGCUCAUCAGGUUAGUGUCAGCUUCCAGGUCCAUUAUAUCACACGCGCUGGUGUGCAAUGCCUUGCAGUAACUGGAGACCAUGAGAGUCUUGGGAGAUGGAACACUUACAUCCCACUCCAGUGUAGCAAGGAUGGGCUCUGGUCUCGUUCUGUGCCCCUGCCAGCAGACACAGUGGUGGAAUGGAAGUUCGUGGUAGUAGAGAAUGGGAAAGUUACCCGUUGGGAAGAAUGCAGCAAUAGAUUCUUAGAGACUGGCCAUGAGGAUAAAGUGGUUCACAAGUGGUGGGGGAUUCACUGACUCAGUUUGCAAAGUAUCGAAGAGGCUAUUGCAGAACAUGGAAGAGGAUAAGGUUGUGGAUAAUUUAAAUAAUUUAAAAUAAAGGAAGUGAAACUUCCAGUCUAGCCAUCAGAGUUGUUUCAGAUUUGCUAGUGGCUUUUGUCUAAUGUGUAGAUAAUGCUUCCAUUGAGCAUGGACUUUUUUUCCUGUGGCACUGAUGGAUGGAUUUAUGCUGAUCCAUCAUUACUUUAGGGCUUGGUGGUCUUGAGGAGGGCUUGGCUAAACUUCAGAUGUGCACUGCUCACGGAGCACAGAAACUAACCAGCUGCAAAGGGUUCAGGCUUGAGCCUUUGGGUGAUUCUUGAAGCAGGGGAGUAAAACACCCCUUAUUCAAAAGGAGAUUUUUGCACUGGUACAGCUGGAAAAAUGCUCUCUUUAAUCAUACACACUUUAUAUUUAAAAAUCGUUAACAUCGGGCUUCCCUGGUGGCGCAGUGGUUGAGAGUCCGCCUGCCGAUGCAGGGGACACGGGUUCGUGCCCCGGUCCGGGAAGAUCCCACAUGCCGCAGAGCGGCUGGGCCCGUGAGCCAUGGCCGCUGAGCCUGUGCGUCCGGAGCCUGUGCUCCACAAUGGGAGAGGCCACAACAGUGAGAGGCCCACGUACCACAAAACACACACACACACACACACACACACACACAACAAAACAAAAAUCGUUAACAUCAUAUGGAACUGUGAUUAGAAAAUAUCUGGUAACUAGAUGUGAUUAGCCAGGAUAUAAGGUAAUGCAUUAAGCCUUCCCAAUGUUUUUUGCUUGAUUUUACUUGCCAUGUAUGGUUUGAGGGGAGCAAGUCUGUUUUUGUCUUAAUGAUCAACAGCUGGUGUACAAACAAGGGGCCUAAUCAGAGCCUGUUAGCAGGAGCAGCCCAAGAGGAAAGAACAGGAAUGGGGAUAGGAGGGUAUAGGCUGAGCAAGGUGGCCUGAAUGACACCUCUUAGAGAGCUGGGAGCUACAGCCCCCGCCGGACUGCAGGGUUGGACACGCCUGUCAUCUCCUCAUGGCCCCUCGUCUCACAGCAGCUCUGGGCUGACAGAUGGACUGCCCCAUAGCAAUCAUUUCACCCUCUUCCCUCUCCCUUCAUGCCAGUAGCUAACAAAAUUAUAACAGGAGAGUGAUACGGAAGUACAUCUUUGCUCUGGGAAGAAAUAAACAUUUAAACUUUGCCAUUAUAACUGAAAAAAAUAAUAAAACCUGAGUUUUAACAUC